AGUUAGAAUAACUUCCUCUCCCGGAGACCUCGUUUUUGCACAAGCCGGCCUUGAAAUCAGAGCCUUUCGAGCAACUCCGAGAGCGUGUGCUCGGCGACCGCGGGCUUGGCCAGCGGCGCGCGCUCGGCGCCCGGCGCCCCCAGCCCCACGCGCGCCGGGCGGGCGCCAUGGAGGAGGGCUCCAGCUCGCCCGUGUCCCCCGUGGACAGCCUGGGCACCAGCGAGGAGGAACUCGAGCGGCAGCCCAAGCGCUUCGGCCGGAAGCGGCGCUACAGCAAGAAGUCGAGCGAAGAUGGCAGCCCGACCCCCGGCAAGCGCGGCAAGAAGGGCAGCCCAAGCGCGCAGUCCUUCGAGGAGCUGCAGAGCCAGCGCAUCCUGGCCAACGUGCGCGAGCGCCAGCGCACCCAGUCGCUCAACGAGGCCUUCGCCGCGCUACGCAAGAUCAUCCCCACGCUGCCCUCGGACAAGCUCAGCAAGAUCCAGACGCUCAAGCUGGCCGCCAGGUACAUAGACUUCCUCUACCAGGUCCUGCAGAGCGACGAGAUGGACAAUAAGAUGACCAGCUGCAGCUACGUGGCCCACGAGCGUCUCAGCUACGCCUUCUCCGUGUGGCGCAUGGAGGGCGCGUGGUCCAUGUCCGCCUCCCACUAGCGCCUCGCCACCCACGUCCGGACCGGCGCGUCAGGGCUGUCCCGCGGGGCUGAGCGCAAGUGGAACUGGGGCACAUCGGCAUCCGCGUCUGUAACUUCUGAAACCCAGAGGGCCUCCAGGACACCGCCCGUCCCGUGCUCCAGGAAGCGUUAGACAAGGGGACAGCGGCAGAGCCCGGACCUCGGCCCCCCACCCCUCAGAGACGCCCCCAGAGGCAGCGGCGCGCACUCGCGGUCCUUCUUGCCGGUGACAUGUCUUUUGCCAUCGUCUCCACUGCUGGGGUGUGUCCACAGCCCCAGGCCUGGGUCUUAUUUUUUUUAUUCUUUCCGGGGGAGGGGAUUUAUUCUUUCUGAAAAUCGGUACAUUCAGGAACACAUUUACGAGGGUUUGGAUUUGGGAUUUGUAUUUUCCUCUAAGUGCCUUCUUAAUGUAUAGUUUUCAAAAUAAAACAGAAAUGCAUUCCUGUUCCGUUCUGUUUAAACUGGACCAAGGCUCUUGGACAAAGAACCUCGUAUUCCCUUCCCGCCCUCCAGCCUCUGCAUGGUCGUUUCUAGUAAGCCUGGAGCCCUUCGCACAGCUCUGCUCUUUUUCUUUCUCCGUGAUUUGCUCAGCUAACCCCCCCUUUUUUUUAAAAAAAAAUUUUCCCAUUUCAGUGUAUAUGUUGCUUAUUUGUCUUAUUUAUUGAGAUGUUUUUAACAAGCUCAGUGACUGCAGUGCGGCUGUGUGUCCUGCUCCCCGCCCAGGAACAAUAAAGACGUCCCUGCA